GAACUCAGAAGCUAGAAAGCGUUGUGCUUAGUAAAAUGAACUUUGAAUCUUUUGUGAGAGAUCUGCUUCUGGUUCGUCAUUACAGAGUUGAAGUUUACAAGAACAAAGCAGGGAGUAAAUCAACCAAAGAAAAUGACUGGUAUUUAGCAUACAAGGGAUCUCCAGGAAAUCUUGCCCAGUUUGAGGAAGUUCUCUUUGCCAACAAUGACAUGUCAACAGCCAUUGGGGUUGUGGGGGUUAAGCUGUCUACUGCUGAUGGGCAAAGAAUAGUAGGAGUGGGGUAUGUCGACACUACGCUGAGAAAAUUGAGUGUCUGUGAGUUUCCAGAUAAUGAUCAGUUCUCAAACCUGGAAGCUCUACUGGUUCAGCUAGGACCAAAGGAGUGUGUGCUACCAGGAGGAGAGACUGCUGGAGAGAUGGGAAAGCUACGACAAGUCAUUCAAAGGGGAGGAAUCCUGAUUACAGACAGGAAGAAGGCAGAUUUCACAACAAAAGAUAUUGUUCAGGAUCUCAAUCGUUUGUUAAAAUCAAAAAAAGAAGAACAAAUGAAUAGUGCAGCAUUGCCAGAGAUGGAAAAGCAGGUUGCUAUUUUGUCCUUGUCGGCCAUUAUCAAGUUUUUAGAGUUGCUGUCAGAUGAAUCUAAUUUUGGGCAAUUUGAACUGACUACUUUUGAUCUUAGUCAAUAUAUGGUUCUAGAUAAUGCAGCUGUUCAAGCCCUCAACCUUUUUCAGAGUUCUGUGGAAAAUGCUAACACUGCACAGUCUCUAGCUGGUUUACUAAAUAAAUGCAGAACUCCUCAAGGACAGAGACUAGUUAAUCAGUGGAUCAAACAACCACUUAUGGACAAGAAUAGAAUUGAAGAAAGGUUGAAUUUGGUUGAAGCUUUUGUGGUGGAUCCAGAACUCCGCCAGUGCCUUCAGGAAGAUCUCUUGCGUCGCUUUCCAGAUCUUAAUCGGCUGGCAAAGAAAUUUCAGAGACAAGCAGCAAACUUACAGGACUGUUACCGAAUGUAUCAGGCUAUUAAUCAACUGCCUAAUGUUGUGCAAGCAUUAGAAAAACAUGAAGGAGCUCACCAGAUGUUGUUGUUGGCAGUGUUUAUAACACCUCUUAAUGAUAUCUACUCUGACUUCUCAAAGUUUCUGGAGAUGAUAGAAACAACAUUGGACAUGGAUAAGGUCGAGAAUCAUGAAUUUCUUGUCAAAGCUUCUUUUGAUCCUAAUUUGACAGAAUUAAGAGAGAAGAUGAAUGAACUGGAAGAAGAAAUGCAGUCCAUUUUGAAGAGUGCAGCCAAAGAACUAGGUUUGGAAGCUGGCAAAAGUAUCAAACUGGAGACAAAUUCACAGUUUGGACAUCACUUUCGAAUAACCUGCAAGGAGGAAAAAGUUCUCCGUAACAAUUCAAAAUACACAAUAGUUGAUACACAGAAGAAUGGUGUGAAGUUUACUAACAGCAAGCUGAGCUCCGUCAAUGAGGAAUAUAUAAAGAACAGAGAAGAGUAUGAAGAGGCUCAGGAUGCAAUUGUUAAGGAAAUCAUUAACAUUGCUUCAGGCUAUGCAGAACCAAUACAGACAAUGAAUGAUGUGAUAGCUCAGUUAGAUGCAAUUGUCAGCUUUGCCCACGUGUCCAAUGGAGCACCAGUGCCAUAUGUCCGUCCUGUCAUUCUGGAAAAAGGACAAGGAAGGAUUGUGCUGAAAGGUGCCCGGCAUCCUUGCAUCGAAGUGCAAGAUGAGGUGGCCUUCAUCCCCAAUGACAUUACAUUUGAGAAGGGCAAGCAGAUGUUCCACAUUAUUACUGGUCCUAACAUGGGGGGGAAAUCAACCUACAUCCGACAGACGGGGGUGAUUGUUCUCAUGGCCCAAAUUGGGUGUUUUGUACCAUGCGACUCUGCGGAAAUAACCAUUGUGGAUUGUAUCCUGGCUCGGGUGGGAGCUGGGGACAGCCAGCUGAAAGGUGUGUCAACUUUCAUGGCUGAAAUGUUAGAAACUGCUUCAAUCCUUAGGACGGCAUCCGAAAACUCCCUGAUAAUAAUUGAUGAGCUGGGAAGAGGAACUUCUACUUAUGAUGGCUUUGGUUUAGCAUGGGCUAUUUCAGAAUACAUUGCCAGCAAAAUCUGUGCUUUCUGUAUGUUUGCUACACACUUCCAUGAACUGACAGCUCUUGCUGACCAAGUGCCAACAGUAAAUAACCUGCAUGUUACUGCUCUGACCAGCGACGACACGCUGACGAUGCUUUAUCGUGUCAAGGAAGGUGUUUGUGACCAGAGUUUUGGAAUACAUGUAGCAGAGUUGGCGGCUUUCCCAAAACAUGUGAUAGAAAGUGCAAGAGAGAAAGCAUUGGAGCUGGAGGAGUUUCAAAACAUUGGCAAGUCCAAGGAAUCUGAAGGAGAACCACCAGCCAAGAAAGUCUACAGAGAAAGAGAGGAAGGUGAAAAGAUAAUUCAGGAUUUUCUUUGUCAAGUGAAAGCAUUGCCCCUGACAGACAUGUCAGAAGAAGACAUCAAAAUCAAGCUGAAACAGCUGAGAAAUGAUGUGUUGGCAAAGAACAACGGUUUUGUGAAUGAAAUCAUUUCCCGAACAAAAGUUACAUCCUGAAAGGUGUGAGAAUAGGAUACAGCUCUUUUUUGCAUUGCAGGAACUACCAUUUUCUUGUCUUGUAGCUUUUAUACUUUAUGAUACUUGUACUGAUUUAUGUAGGCAUUUUUUUCCUUGGAUUGUAAUUACUUUGUAAAGAAUGCUGAGCACAAUUUAUGCAAGAUUCUUGCUCCAGUUGCGAUGAUUGUGUUCUUUUAGUAGUUUUCAAUAAAACGCUUUUUCAAUAUUGA